AUUCUAGGAACAAUCUGUAUACAUUUUAGAGGUAAUGUGCAUAUACACAUCCACACAAACACUGGUGUAUUCAUGUGCAUUCUAUUGAUGGCUCGCAUACUUUAGUGAAGACAAGUGUUUCUGACACCGACAUGCUCGCGCAAAUUGAAUAAAUUCUUGGUGCUUUCUUUCAGACCCUCUCCCUGUCAUCUCGGCUUGUGAGAAUAGAGCACCUAUUGUAGAUCUAUCAGCAUGUGAAGCAGGAGACUCCAUCAAGAAUAACUUGGAUACAGUACCUGGCAGGGCUGGGUCUUCAAUUGUUGUUCUCAUUAGCGACAGUGAUGAUGAGAAGGCAAUGGCAUGUGUUUCAAACAGUGAUGGUGUAGGUAGGAAUUUAACAUUUCCUAAGCAGAUAAAAGAAGAGGUUAUAGAGGAAUUCUCUACUUCAUUGUCCAAGAGGAAAAGAAGUUUAAUUGAGAGUGACAAGGGUGAUGGUAAUGGAAAGCUGUCCUUUGCUCAUGGCAGUUCCCAUAAAACGGGGUUCAUAAGAGACUGUGAUGACAAAGACGAAAGGAAGUUUUAUUCUCAACUUUCUUCCAAGUCUGAUAUGUACAAGCUUAAUGGGAUUAGUGAUAGUUCGUCGGAUUCAGACAAUGAUUUGAGUGACAAAAGUAUGGAAAUGCUAAUCAAAAUAAUUAAAGGUAAAACGUUUUUCUCGGAAGAUGGUUUAAGAUCAUCCUUUGAGAAGGAUGCUGAACUCAGCAUGAACGCGAUAUGUGCACUUUAUAGGCAGCAGAUUUCUCCAAACUUCUCUUCCAAGGGCCUCUCUUUUACCAAGAGUCAGGGGUUGAGUCAAUCUGAUAAAAUCAGCAUAACUGCUUUGGGUGAAUAUCUGAUCGAUGGGGAUCCACAACAUAAACUCAGAAAAGCCGUGGUGGAAGUACGUCCAAAGGAUCGUGCAGAAUGUAAAAGAUUAGCAACUAAGUACUGCCACCAACUAUAUCAGAUAUACCUUAGUAAGGAGGAUCAUCUGUUUCGCCCUGGAGCUAUAUUCUAGUUUACCAGAUAAGCUAUCUCCCUUUUUGCUACGCAAAUGCUGCUUCUGACAAAACUUUACUAUGGACUUACAUAUUUUGAUCACUCCCAGUCCCAACUAUUGCUGCACAAGAUGGAAGCUUUUGCUGUUUGUGGCAGUUUUUACUAGCAGGUAGAAACCAAGAUAUGUCACUCUGAUUCAUUUUUGUGACUUUUGGUGUGCAUAGCUGAUUAUGGAUAGUUAACAACUGGUACAAAUAUACUAUAGGUUUUAUGGUCAUAGAUGAUUCUAGAGAUGUAAAAAGUUAGGGGUGGUGUUUCUGCCAGUUUGGGUAUUUUGUAUAUCCAUGAUGAAAACUCGUUCUCUUUUAAAUGUAAAAAAAAUUCUUAUAUUGGGCGCUUUUGGCUUUGA